CGGCUUUAGAGCGGUCCUGUCACAACUCCGUGCAUUUCGUCGAGUCCUCUCCCUUUGUUUAUAAAUCGUUGUAUCUCUCCCAAACACUGCUGCCAUGUCUUCAGAUAAGCCUUUGCCGUUCAUAUACCAGUUCGCCGCAGGUGCGGUGGCUGGUGUUUCUGAAAUUCUUGUCAUGUACCCAUUGGAUGUUGUCAAGACUAGAGUACAAUUGCAGACGGGGAAAGGCACAGGAGCCGAUUCAUACAAUGGCAUGGUCGACUGCUUCAGGAAGAUCAUCAAGCAUGAAGGGUUUUCACGACUGUACCGUGGUAUCGAAGCUCCGAUCCUGAUGGAAGCACCAAAGAGAGCGACCAAGUUCGCGGCGAACGAUGCCUGGGGAAAACUCUACCGUGACUUAUUUGGAGUCGCCAAAAUGAACCAAUCUCUCUCAGUCCUCACUGGUGCCACUGCUGGUGCCACUGAAGCAUUCGUCGUUGUACCAUUCGAACUUGUCAAGAUCCGACUUCAGGAUCGUGCUUCGGCUGGAAAGUACACUGGAAUGGUUGAUGUUGUGGUGAAGACGGUUAAGGCGGAAGGUCCACUUGCAUUAUACAAGGGACUAGAGAGCACAAUGUGGAGACAUAUCUUGUGGAAUGCCGGUUACUUCGGAUGCAUUUUCCAAGUUCGAGAGUUACUCCCAAAGACGGACAACAAAACCACCCAAAUGGGCUAUGACUUACUUUCUGGUGCCACUGGUGGUACCGUUGGUACAAUCCUCAACACCCCCAUGGAUGUUGUCAAGUCGCGCAUCCAAAACAGCACCACUGAGGGUGGAGCAGUACGAAAAUACAACUGGGCAUGGCCCGCAGUGGGAACUGUUAUGAAGGAAGAAGGUUUCGGAGCUCUUUACAAGGGUUUCCUGCCAAAGGUGCUAAGACUCGGCCCAGGUGGAGGUAUUUUGCUGGUUGUCUUUACCGGAGUCAUGGAUUUCUUCAGGAAGAUGAGGGCUGAAGCAUGA